GAAGGCCCAAGUUUUCCCAUGCCUGAUCUAUAUAUUCUAGAAUUAAAAGAUUCCCACCAUUAAGUGCCUUGGCUCAAUGCUGUGGAAUAAUGGGACUUGUUUGUGCCUCACCCAACUACAACUCCAUGGGUCCCAUAGCAUUGAAUUGGGGCAGACAAAGUGGUGUCAAUCUGCAUUCAUCCUACAAUGUGGAUGCACCUCCCUGUGGCUGAGCAUGGAUUGGAAUCGUGCCCUCAAGGGAGUCAGUUUGGCCCCUUGCUGUGGAGUCGUAGGAGGCAGCUGUGCUUUCACAAGGCCUUUCGCCUCCCCUUGCCAAAGUAUAACUCCCUCCAUUCUUUAGCACGGCAGUGAAAAAUGGAGCCAGCCUGCAUUCAUUGUGCAGUGGAGGUGGGCGGGCACCCACCCAAACCCACGCCUCUAAGGGGCAAAGCCAAGGAAGUCUCUGCCUUGCCCUCUUUUCUGCUGAUAGCAUCGUGAGAGCCCACCCUCUCCUUCCUUUUGUUUCCUCGCAGUUCAUUCCUUAAAAGUCUUGUUUUGUGGAAACUCUUUCCUCUGGGCGGACUGUUGUUUUUCCCACCCAAAAAAACAAACCCCUCAACAAGAUCCAGUCAAGUUUUCAUUGAUUGAUGGACGCCUACAUUCCCUGCAUUUUUGGAGACUGAGAGUGCUUUGCUCCAAAUCCCUAUUUUAAAAGCAGGCAGCAAAAGAAGGGCAGAAGGAAAUAGAGCUCAAGAGCUUGAAAUAUUUAGAAGUGGCUUAUUUUUUUGAAUUCAGAGAUGUACCCCACAAGAGGACGUGGACCUUGGUUUCCUCAGGCUUAUAUGCCAAACAGAAAUUUCCAGGAAGAUGGUUGGGAUAGGCCAAAGCAGAACUGGUACGCGGAUGGCCCAGGAAGGGGCCAGUUCUAUAACAGCAGAGCAAAUGGUGACAACUUUGGCCAAUACAGAGGUUCUUACCGAGGCCGUGGUUGGAGACGUCCCCGAAGCGAUUUUCCUGAGGAACGUCAUUGUCGUGGCCAUUCUUACAGAAGAUCAAAAACCAGCUUCACAAAAGGUAGAUACCAGCAUGCUUCACGUCCCCCCUGCUUAAAGACGAUCCCAUUGAAAAACAGCCAGACAGCUGAAGUGUCUUCCAGCCACACUUCCCCUGUGCCACCAGCCAAAACACCUACAGAACAAACAUCAUCUAUUAAAAAAGACCCUCAUAACAUGGGGAAAGAACCUGUAUCGAUGAGAGAAAGGCACAGUACAGCUGCAGAAUCUUCUGCCAACCAGACCCAUCCUGUUCUAUUUCCUGAAGCACCUCUACAUGCACCUGAGAACACAGAAGAACUUCAUGCUAAAGCAAAAGAAAAAUAUGUGUUGUGUGAAGUCAGGCAAUCUAGAGACCGACUUGGAGAUGUUAUCUCACCUGUAGCUGUAGAAAUACCAUUUCUAUUUGAGAACACAGAUGAUCACCAGUCUGAAGGAAAAGAAGCAAUUGAACGGCUUGAAGUCAAGCAAUCUAGAGACCGACGUGGAGAUGUUAUCUCACCUGUGGCUGUAGAAAUACCAUUUCUGUCUGAGAACACAGAUGGUCACCAGUCUGAAGGAAAAGAAGCAAUUGAACGGCUUGAAGUCAGGCAAUCUAGAGACCGAGUUGGAGAUGUUAGCUCACCUGUGGCUGUAGAAAUACCAUUUCUGUCUGGGAACACAGAUGGUCACCAGUCUGAAGGAAAAGAAGCAAUUGAACGGUGUGAAGUCAGGCAAUCUAGAGACCGACUUGGAGAUGUUAUCUCACCUGUGGCUGUAGAAAUACCAUUUCUGUCUGAGAACACAGAUGAUCACCAGUCUGAAGGAAAAGAAGCAAUUGAACGGACUCUACAAAUGAAAUGGAGAGAUAGGGAGGCUGCAAAAUCUUCUGCCAACCAGACCCUACCUAUUCCACCUCCUGAAGCACCUGUAGAAGAGCAAACCACACUUGAGACAACAGAACGUCAGCCUACAGCAAAACAAAAUUCUAUUUUGAACCAGCCUACUGUUCAGACAGAUGAGAAAUAUAUUCAGCAUGUUGUUUCUAAAGAAGGUGCCCAGAGCCAGGUCCUAGAUGGUCACACAGUGGAGCCUCCACAAUCUCUACAGAUGAAAGAGAGAGACAGAGACAGUGAGGCUGCAGAAUCUUCUGCCAACCAGACCCAACCUAUUCUAUCUUCUGAAGCACCUGUAGAAGAGCAAACAACACCCGAGACUACAGAACAUCAUUCUACAGUAAAACAAAAUUCUAUAUUGAAGCAGCCUACUGUUCAGAGGGAUGAGACAUGUAUUCAGCAUGCUCCUCCUGAGGAAGGUGCCACGAAUCAAGCCCCAAAUGACAAUUCAGUGAAGACUCCAAGCACAGGCAGCCACAAAGAAGCAAGUCCUGGACAAAAGGAUCUUGGCCUUACUGGCUUCCCACUUAACUUCAGUAGUAUUCAUUAUGUGCCUGUCCUGGUGCAAAAAGCAGAAAUGCAAUUGUUAUCUUCACACUCCCUGCCUCAGACACAUGUCAUUUGUGACCGAAAAUGUGAUAUUGAAAGACUACUGGUCUGUCAUUCAUGUUCAUCAAAAAUUCACCACAGCAGUGCAUCAGAGUAUUCGAGCCAAAACUGUGUGCCAAGGGAGUUCUGCAUUUUGAGGUCAAGAUCCCCUCAUAGGCAAGAACAGGAAUUGAGAUCUGAUCACAAGAAAAAACAGAAAUUGGGAUCAUUUUGCAGGCAAGAGCAGAGUUUGAAGUCCUCUCGUAAGUGCAAACCAUCUCCCCACAGACGAGAGCAACAUUCAGGGUCCCCUCAGAGGAGAAGUGAUUAUGUUGGAAGCUGUUACCAUUGUUACUGUGAUUAUAAAUAUGACUGCAGUCUAUCCCAAGAGAAUCCCAAGGAAAGUGAUUUGUCUCCUCGUUACUUGCCCCAUAAAAUAAACAACUGCCAUUCCCCCAAAGAAAGAAGUGAAAAAGUGUCCCAUCUCAACUCUCUAGCGAGUCACACUGUGAAGGCAAAGAAAGAAAAAGUGAUGCAGCCUGAAGAAAUGGCAAAGAAGAAGAGAUCAUCUUCAGGGAAAGGAACAAAGUUUGUCAAGAUCCAGAAAACAGCCAGCAAUUAUGAGGACACGACUUCCCCUCAACAUCCCAACACUGAAGAGAAAACCAGCUCUUCAGCCAUAUCAUGGACACUGAAGGACCGUUCUGCAGAUGUACUGGCAAAGGAAGAGAUUGAGGAGAUCCAGACAACAGCCAACAAUUAUGAGGUCCAAGGUUCCCCUCAACACCCCAACACUGAAGAGAAAACCAGCUCUUCAGACAUAUCAUGGACACUGAAGGACCGUUCUGCAGCUGUGUUGGCAAAAAAGGAAGAGAUUGAGGAGGCUUAUCUGCGGGUGCUUCUCAACUUCGCAGUGAUGGCCAUCAUGUUAGUGGAAAAGGAACCCAGCAUGGAGACAACUAUCGGAUCAGCACUGAGGGCCAACCUGAGGAGGACUGGGGACUAUUAUGAACACAUGUUGAAGAACUACAUUGACAGCUUAGCUGAACCCAGCUGAGAGGAGACUCAAUAGAAAAAUCUACCCAGACAGAAAUCCUGAGGAAUUGGAAGCUGUGUGUGUUUUUUGUUGUUGUUGUUGUUUUGGACUUAGGUGAGGUGAGAAACCUCCCAUUGGCAAUAGGUAUAAUAAAUCCCCAAGGGAUAUGAAUUUACACUGUAACAGCUAUUGGAAAUGGAGGCAGUACCUGAAAGAUUUGUUGAUGCCUUUACUUUAGGACAAAGGGAUAGAGAAAGGGGUUGGCAUGGGAAAGAGAAAAGACCUUCUGGUAACAGCACUAUUGUGAGCAAUUGCAAAAGUCAGGAACUCAAUUUGAUGAUUAGCGGAUAUGGCAGAAAACCAGUUUUGUCAUAGUGUCCUGUUAGGUCAGGUUUUGGACAGCUGUCCCCUCUUGAUAUGUCAAUAUGUCUUAAAUUCACUUACAUUCUUACUGUCCUACUAUAGGCAUGGACAAAAUGGAGGACUGCUGUGCUGUACAAUAUUUCAUAUGAUGCUCCAUCAUUUGUUUGUUUGUUUGUUUUUUUAAUUUUUGAAGAUAUUAAAAUGAAUACUGGAGACAGCAGGGCCUUAGAAUUGCCUUUAUUUGUUAGUAUACCUUAUCUCUAGUCAGCUCUGAAUAAAAUUGUUUUUAGGUUCUUUUAGCCACCUGUUUAAGGUUGCCAAGUCACAUAUUUAAAUAAGGCCAUUAAAGGCAAGGUUAAUCUAUAUAUUCUUAGCACCUUUUGUACACAUAUUGGAUGAGGUGGUAGUAAGCAAAGUUCCUAAGAGCCUUGUCAGUUAAUGCAGAACUUGGAAGAAAGAAUAUAAUUUGAAUGAAUACUGUA